AUGGACAGGCGGCUGGUGAUCUUGCUCGACCCAGGAGCAUCAGCUGCCAACGACUACCUUCGGCAAGAUAAGUCCAAGGAGAAGCGCUUUGCGUUCGACCAAGCUUUCGGUUCAGAUGUCGAUACAAAAACUCUUUUCAAAGCCACCGCAGAGCCGCUGAUCAAGUCGGUUCUGCAGGGCUACAAUGCCACUGUUUUCGCUUAUGGUUCAACUGGAGCUGGAAAGACGUUUACCAUGAUCGGCACCACGAUCGAGCCCGGCAUCAUGUUUCGCACGGUAGAAGAGAUCUUCGCGGGUGUUGCCGAACCUGGCGAACAUAGCUUUACAGUAACCUGCACCUUCGUGGAAGUCUACAACGAAAACCUACGAGACUUGGGAUCUGGCGAUUGCAGGGAGGGAAUUCUCGACCUGAGGGAGGACCCCGUGACGGGAACGUAUGUAGCUGGUAUCACGGAGAUCCGAGCAGCAUCGGUGCAGGAGGUGAUGGACUUGCUCCAGAUGGGCAACCAGCGCCGGACGACCGAGCCGACGUCCAUGAAUGUCACCUCAUCCAGGUCGCACGCAGUUCUGCAAGUACGGGUGGAGCGCCGCGGCAAUCCUUCUGGCACCCUGACCGGCAAGCUUUCGAUGAUUGAUCUCGCUGGCUCGGAACGUGCUUCUCAUACCAACAACAGUGGGAUGCGACUCUUGGAGGGGGCCAACAUCAACAGAUCCUUGCUGGCUCUGGGAAACUGUAUCAAUGCCUUGGCCUCUGGGUCCCACUUCGUACCAUACCGGGACUCGAAGCUGACGAGACUUCUCAAGGAUUCCCUUGGCGGCAACUGUCGCACGGUCAUGGUCGCAAAUAUUUCUCCAAGCCACUUGAGUUAUGAGGAUACGCUGAACACUUUGAAGUACGCAAACCGGGCGAAGCACAUCCGGGUCCGCGCAAAGCAAAACCUUGUCCGGCCAGACGAGCACGUGAGCCAGUUCGAGCAAGCGAUUGCCGACCUGCGCAACGAGGUCUCCAUCCUGAAGUCACAGCUCGCGAAUCGAAGGGAGGCCCCAGACGCAGUGGAAGGAGACGAGAACGUGCUGAAAGAAGCCAGCGAGAACUGGAAGUUGGAAGUGAUUCGGAACUUAGAGAGCCGAACAUCCUUGCAGCGUUCGCUCAUCGAUGUCGAGCGCGGUCUCUCGCAGUGGAGAGUUGAGCUGGAGCAGGCCAAGGAGAUCAUUCUGCAUUGGGAAGAGCGGUCCGAAGGCAGCGCCGCUUCAACUCGUCGUUCCGAUGCAAAAUCCUUGGAGGAGUGGAAAGAGGCCACGGCCCAGAUCGAAGAAAGCAUCAAGGAGAACAUCGAAACCAGACGAUCAUUGAACGAGCGGCUUCAGCAAAACAAAGUUGCAGGCAAAGAGCUGCAGAAGCAGCUCUCCCAGCGUGUUCUGAAUGAGGACUUGCGGGCCUUCUUGGAGCUGAUUCAACGAGUGCAGGUCCUGGAAGUGGAGAGGCUGGAACUCGAACACUUCUGGGAGGUUGACAGGCAACAGCUGGAACAGUCUGACCAGGAGAUCGCCAUGCUGAGAGAGCAGCUUCGACUUCGCAACGCCCACAUCCACGAGCAGCGGCAGCAGCUCUCCAAAGAGAAGCAGGAGAAGAUGCCAGGACAUGUUUUCCUACUGGGAAGCACUUUGGCGGAGUCCUCGCCACAGCGUGGGCCCUUGCGCGUCAUGCAGGCCUGGGCCUUAUCGAAAGAGGAGGAUGGACCGGAGGAGAGGGUCAAUAGUGGAAGUCUCUCGGUGUCCGAAGAGGCAACCGACGAUUUCCCCAUGCAAGACAAAAUCAACUGGAGGGCCUUGGAGGUCCCUCUGGCUUCGCAGAUCAAAGGCUUGGCGCAACUGCAGCAGAACGCAGGCACUUCUCGGCUCUUGGCAGCCAAGGCGUGGAAGGACAAAUCCCUUCGCAGCAUUCCGGAGCGCGCCCGGCGGCCGUUAGCCCUGGCACGCAACGGUGUCGCACCGCCGCCCUUGGUAGCACCUGCACCGCCGCGGGAGCUGCGGGAGCCUCCAGGCGACUCCAGCCCUUCGCAGACGCGUGGAAGCACCUGCCCGCCAUUGAGGAGGAAGUCCUCUCUUGAGGCGCACGCCCUUGGCGGCCAGCGCCAGACCUCGGUGGGCGAUGUUCGUUCGCCGGGGCCACCCGGGCAACGGCAAAUCCUGCGUGCACAAGGCGUUGCAGCUCCACAGCGGCAGCUGGACAAGAAUUCCGUCGGUGUGUAUCGGGACAAGAGCCGCGGCAGAUGGCAAGAACGGAUGUUUCACUUCGGCGCUUCGGCCAUGCCGAAGCCGCCAGGUGUCAGCGCACGAUUGGAUGAAAAAGGCUUUUGCGAGUUUAAAGCCGUGGAAGCUGUGCCAAACCUCAGAGUUUCCCGAAACUUAGACGUGCGUAGUUUCAGUAUGGGAGCGGCACCAACGCGUGUCGACUCAAGAACCGUAUGCUUCACGCAGAAGAUGCAGUUGAGAAGUCCACCCGCUGUGUUAGGCGGAUGGUGCACAGCCUGCACUGUGAGCAGGGAGCAGACGGACAAUGAAGACUUCCAACACCGCUUUUUCAAGCACCCACUCACGCCACUGCUCCAAGAACUGUUCGACCUCCAGGACCUGGACUCGAACGGACUGUUGGAGGAGUCGGAGCUUAUCGACCUCAAUAUUGUUAUCGCCACAUUGCACUAUGGUCGCGAGAUUGACCGUGACAUGUUACACAAGAAGUAUCAGACCCUCUUCCGACAGCGCCUGGAUCCCCUUGGCAGGGGUGUUGGCUUCCGGGCAUUUCACGACUACAUGGUGCAGGUCCUGGUGGACUAUGACACGGAUGUAGCUGCUCAGGAAAUGAUCGUCGAGCAGUUCAUCGCACCUUGGAUGUGCCCAGGUGACAUCAGCUGGAAGUUACAGCUGUGGGCAGUGUGCAUUGUCGUGAGCACUGUCGAUGGUGACAUGCGGAUGCCUCAGGCAGACACCAUGCCGCAAAUCUCCAUCUCCGAGGCUAGCAUCUUCCAACGCAGGGUGCAACAGCUCUUCGAGAAGAAUGACUGUGGAAGCCCAAAGGAGCCGGAAGACGUCCCGGGCCUGCCCAGCUUGAUAAAGCGAGUCUACGUGGAAGUGCGAAGCCUACGGCAGAAGACCUAUCCACAGCUGGGUGACCAGGUGGAUUCCAUUUGGCUCACCCUUCGCCUGAACAAGGAGAGAAAGGACGCCCUGACGAUUGAAGAUGUUGACUUCUGA